AAAUUAAAGCUAGAUAUUCUCUUCGUGUAGUUGAGAUGUUUUCCUGAGGAAUCAUACUCAGGUCGAAAAUUUAGUCAAAUGUACUAGUGCAUGUAAUGUGCCAAUUUUAAGCACUAGAGAGAAAAAUGCAGGUACUUAGUAAAUAUAUAGAAUUGGAAAUUGAUUUAAACUGAAAUAUCAAGACUUUUAGGGGGCAUGGAAUAGAAAAAGAGGGUCUUUUAAUCAAGUAUUUUAUUGAAGGUUUUAAAAUAAAAAAAAUGUUGACGCUUUCAGGUUAGCACAAUGCUAAUUGUCCCAAAGAAACUAUUGCAAAACUGCUAGAAAAUACUAUUGCUUUUAUAUUUGGGUGAUUUGUUUAAAAAUAAUUAGGAGUGACUAGAUAAUUUUCCAAGAUCUAGUGGUAGAAAAAAUAGAUUAUUUUUCUCAUUUUAUGAAACAAACGUAUGCUUUUCGUCUUUUGCAGAGUUGAACAAUGACCAUAGUUGACAAAGCUUCUGAAUCUUCAGACCCGUCAACCUAUCAGAAUCAGCCUGGCAGUUCUGAAGCAGUCUCACCUGGAGACAUGGAUGCAGGCUCUGCCAGCUGGGGUGCUGUGUCUUCGUUAAAUGAUGUCUCAAAUCACACACUUUCUUUAGGACCAGUACCUGGUGCUGUAGUUUAUUCAAGUUCAUCUGUACCUGAUAAAUCAAAGCCAUCACCACAAAAGGAUCAAGUCCUAGGUGAUGGCAUUGCUCCUCCGCAAAAAGUUCUCUUCCCAUCUGAGAAGAUCUGUCUUAAGUGGCAACAGACUCAUAGAGUUGGAGCUGGGCUCCAGAAUUUGGGCAAUACCUGCUUUGCCAAUGCAGCAUUGCAGUGUUUAACUUACACGCCGCCUCUCGCCAAUUACAUGCUAUCACAUGAACACUCCAAGACAUGUCAUGCAGAAGGAUUUUGUAUGAUGUGUACAAUGCAAGCACAUAUUACCCAGGCACUCAGCAAUCCUGGGGAUGUUAUUAAACCAAUGUUUGUCAUCAACGAGAUGCGACGAAUAGCUAGGCAUUUCCGUUUUGGAAACCAAGAAGAUGCCCAUGAAUUCCUUCAAUACACUGUUGAUGCUAUGCAAAAAGCAUGCUUGAAUGGCAGCAAUAAAUUAGACAGACACACGCAGGCGACCACACUUGUUUGUCAAAUAUUUGGAGGAUACUUGAGAUCUCGAGUCAAAUGUUUAAAUUGCAAGGGCGUUUCAGAUACUUUUGACCCAUAUCUUGAUAUAACAUUGGAGAUAAAGGCUGCUCAGAGUGUCAACAAGGCAUUGGAACAGUUUGUGAAGCCGGAACAGCUCGAUGGAGAAAACUCCUACAAGUGCAGCAAGUGUAAAAAGAUGGUUCCAGCUUCAAAGAGGUUCACUAUACAUAGAUCCUCUAAUGUUCUUACACUUUCUCUGAAACGUUUUGCAAAUUUUACUGGUGGAAAAAUUGCUAAGGAUGUGAAAUAUCCUGAAUAUCUUGAUAUUCGACCGUACAUGUCGCAACCAAAUGGAGAACCGAUUAUUUAUGUUCUGUAUGCAGUCCUAGUACACACUGGUUUCAACUGCCAUGCUGGCCAUUACUUCUGCUACAUAAAAGCUAGCAAUGGCCUCUGGUAUCAAAUGAAUGAUUCCAUUGUAUCUACCAGUGAUAUUAGAUCGGUACUCAGUCAACAAGCUUAUGUUCUCUUUUAUAUCAGGUCCCAUGAUGUGAAAAAUGGAGGUGAACUUACUCAUUCCACCCACAGCCCGGGCCAGUCUUCCCCCCGACCAGUCAUCAGUCAGCGGGUUGUCAACAAUAAACAGGCCGCGUCAGGGUUCAUUGGACCACAGCUUCCUUCUCAUGUGAUAAAGAAUCCACCUCACUUAAAUGGGACUGGACCUUUGAAAGAAACGCCAAGCAGUUCCAUGUCAAGUCCUAAUGGUAAUGCCAGCGUCAACAGGGCUAGUCCUGUUAAUGCUUCAACGUCUGUUCAAAACUGGUCAGUUAACAGAUCCUCAGUUAUUCCAGAACAUCCCAAGAAACAAAAAAUUACUAUCAGUAUUCACAACAAGUUGCCUGUUCGCCAAGGUCAGUCUCAACCUAACCUUCGUAACAACUCUUUGGAGAACCCUUCCAAGCCUGUUCCCUCUUCUACCAUUACCAACUCUUCUGCAAUACAGUCUACCUCGAAUGCAUCUCCAGUGUCAGUUUCUAGUAAAGUAACAAAACAGAUCACCCCCAGCGAAUCUUGUCCCAAGCCUGUGAUGAAUGGUAAGUCCAAGCUGAACUCAAGUGUGCUGGUCCCCUAUGGUGCCGAGUCAUCCGAAGAGUCUGACGAGGAGUCCAAGGGGCUAGGCAAGGAAAACGGUCUCGGUACAACCAAGAGCUCUCAUUCUUCUGGUCAAGAUGUUGAGGACGAUGAAGCUUCUCAGCAUGAGCUUCAAGCGCCUAUUACCCUAAAUGGUGCUAACAGUACGGACAGUGACCCGAAGGAAAAUGGUCUGCCCUUUGACGGUGCCAGCUGCCAAAUCCAGCCUUCCCUCUCAGAAAACCCCUUUUCUAAGGCCAAUGGCCUUCCUGCAAAGUUGAUGCCUGCGCCUUUGCCACUUCUCCCAGAAGACAAAAUCCUGGAAACCUUCAAACUUAGCCACAAAGUGAAAGGCUCGGUGGAAGAAACAAGUGCAACUGGAACAGAGAAGAACCCGAAAGAGGAUCAUGAAGCCGAGCUAGAGGCUGCCAGUAGCCCUCUGGAUCCCAGCGAGAACCUGGAGACGGUUACAAGUCUCGGCAGCAAGUUAAAGAAGGCGUUGCUUCCCUCUGAGCCCAGCGUCAAAUCUACCAAAGAAGAAGCCUCUGAAAAUGGUUCCGCAAAACCCACUGAGUCUUUGCCCAGUACCCACAAUCUCUGUAAUGCCAACAAGAGUACCUUAGGGGAUGAUCAACUCUCUAAACUGUGUGACCCUGGGAAUUUAACCAGCGAUCAGAUCAAACCAUCACAAGAUACAAACGGGACAUUAAUAGAGAGUCCACAGGGCAGAGCAUCAGUGGAAACAGCAGAGAAAAUGACUCCAGCUCCCUCAGUAAACUCAGCUGAUGAAUGUGAGCAUAAACUCUUGGUUUACAUUAGUAGGGAGAAAUGCCGAGAACCGGAGGACCUUCCUCAAAGCUCAGGCAUGUCCACAAGUGAGCUGCCCUCGCCUCAGUUAGACACGAUCACAGAAAAUCACUCAGACAAGGCCCUUGAGCAGAGUAAUGGUGAGAGACGUGAAGAAAACAAGGUUGGGCAGAAAGUUCAGGAUCAUUCUCCAGUCAAGGAAAAAAUCAGCAGCCUCAGGAAGGUUGAUCGAGGACAUUACCGGAAUCGCCGAGAGCACUCCUCCAGCAGCGAGCGCGCGAGGGAAAGUAGGAGCAAGACCGAGGACCGUUACCACAAGCAGCGGCACCCCUACACCCGGGAGCGGCCCAAGCAGGACCGCCACAAGCCUGAGCACUGCAACGGGAGUCAGCAGCACCUGGCUCACGGCGAGCGGGGCAGCCCCGGCGAGCGCCACUCCCUGGGCCGGUACAGCCACCACCACUCUCGGAACCGGAGCGGGUCAGACCAGGAAUGGGGCAGGUACCACCACUCCGAAAGCGAGUACGGCUGGGUCCGGGAGAAGUACUACCCUGACAAAACGAGAUGGGACAAGUGUCGCUACUACCACGACAGAUACGCCCCAUACACAGCCUGGGAGGGCAGGGAGUGGAAGCUUUUCAACGGCGACCGGGAGUAUGACAAAGCAGGGCAGUACAGUAAGCGGCCGUACAAGGACUACUGCAAGAGCAGGAAGGGCUGUGAGCUGGUGGCCAAAGAGAAGGACCGGCACCACUUCAGCAGCCCCAGGGCAGGCCCGCCCCAUGCGCUUGCUCUGUACCCGGAGAAGUACCCCCACGAGAAAAUUGCACUUGGAGCUGAAGAAAUCAGUUGUCAUCUGUCCGAUCGGUUUCAUGAACACGAAAACGUAAAGUCCCGGAAACGGAGAUAUGGCGGUGUGGAAAUGAAUGACAGCAGUGUAGAAAGGAAAGCCCAGAGAAGCUUACAAAAAGAUUCUUUCGAGGAGCCUAAAGUGAAGAAGCACAAAAAAUCAAAGAAGAAAAAGAAAUCCAAAGACAAACACCGAGAUCGGGACUCCAGGCAUCAGCAGGAUUCAGAUCUUUCAGUCUCGUACUCUGAUGCUGACCUCCACAGACACAAAAAAAAGAAGAAGAAAAAGAAGAGGCAUUCAAGAAAAUCCGAGGACUUUAUUAAAGAUUCAGAACUACACUUACCCAAGGCCGCUAGCUAUGAGACUGUGGACCAUGCCCGGCGAGCCGAGGGUGGCUUUCCUCUCUCUGAUGGCUGGCCUCUAGAAGGCAUCGGACCUUGCCGCGAGAAAACAAAACAUCUAAGGAUGGAAAGCAGGGGUGACAAGUGUCAUCUCUCUGAGUAUGGCCAGGGUAAGGGGAUACUUGGAAUUAAGAACUGAGAAAAUAUUUUUUUAAUAAAAAAUUUUUUUUAAAGGUAAUUGACGCAUGAAAAAAAAAUCCCCAAAUGGCAUGAAAGGGUAUACAAUUCCGAGUAGGUUCCCGCCCACCCCAUUUCCUCCAGCCCCAGCUCUCAGAUGUGUUGUGGGACUCAGUUGCGUGGUUUGGACAUUUGUCGCCGACCCGUUAGCGUUCACUGGAAGCCUAGGUUAUGUAGAACCAGGCCCAACAGCACCUGGAAUCUGGAGGCCCUGAAAUAUAUGGCUCUGGGUAUCUGUGUGUUUGUCUCUUUAAGGUCUGGAGAAACCCCGUUGCCGUCAAGUCAAUUCCGACUCAUGGCGACCUGUAGGACAGAGUAGAACUGCCCCAUAGGGUUUCCAAGGCUGUAAUCUUUAUGGAAGCAGACUCUUGAAUCUUUCUCC